GGCAUUAUCGACAUUCAGGUUAAAAAAUUUCCAAAAUCUGUUUAAAACGUUCUCCCUUUUCUCCUUCGGUUCUCCGCUCCCCCAACAAGUCUCCUAUCCGUCGUCGUGUUGCCAGAGACGGGAAUGCCGUUGCAAUUCGACUUCGCUGUUCGGUAACCGGGAAAAUAUAUUCUCCGAUUAAGUCCGGAGCUACGAAAUUGCAGAUAGAGCCUUUGUACCAGAUUAUGGAUGGAAGAAGGUGGCUGAAGGUGGCAAUUCUAUUGUGUUUAGUUGUUGUUUCAGCUGGUAGAGAACUGAAGUUCAGGCACAAUCAUCAAUUUCCCAUUUACAAUCACACGCUUGCCACAAUAUUGGUGGAGUAUGCUUCUGCUGUGUACUUGUCAGAUUUGACAGAACUAUUCACGUGGACGUGUUCGAGAUGUGAUGGUCUGACAAAGGGAUUUGAAAUGAUAGAGCUGAUUGUUGAUGUCCAGCAUUGCCUUCAGGGAUUUGUUGGGGUGGCAAAGGAUCUCAAUGCUAUUGUGAUUGCAUUCAGAGGCACUCAGGAGCGCAGCAUACAGAAUUGGGUUGAGGACCUAUACUGGAAGCAGCUGGACUUGAAUUACCCAGGGAUGCCUGAUGCAAUGGUGCAUCAUGGAUUUUAUAAUGCUUACCACAAUACAACUGUACGUCCUGGAGUUCUAAGUGCUGUUAAAGAAGCACAGGAGUUAUAUGGUGACCUCCAGAUAAUGGUGACGGGGCAUUCCAUGGGAGGGGCCAUGGCUGCUUUUUGUGGACUGGAUCUUAUGGUCAACUGUAAAGCCCAGAAUGUUCAGGUUAUGACAUUUGGACAACCUCGUGUUGGCAAUUCUGCUUUUGUGUCCUACUACAACGAACUGAUGCCAAAUACAAUUCGAGUCACAAAUGGUCAUGAUAUGGUGCCUCAUUUACCUCCAUACUAUUCUUAUUUCCCACAAAAGACAUACCAUCACUUUCCAAGAGAGGUUUGGCUUCAUAGUAUUGGAUUUGGAAGUUUAGUUUACCCAGUUGAGAAGGUUUGUGAUGGUUCUGGUGAAGACCCAACUUGCAGCAGGUCCGUGUCGGGGAAAAGCAUUUCAGAUCAUUUAAUGUACUAUGGUGUUAAAUUAGGGGGUGAUCCUGAGGGGACAUGCAGAAUUGUGAUGGAUCCUCAUGUUGCUGCAUACCGGACGGAAGAUCUUAGCGGAAAUUUAGUCUUCUCCAAGUAUCCCUCCGCUUCUGUUUUGAAAAUUAACACGGAUUUGGAUCCAAAUGUUCAAGGCAGCAUCAUUUAGAAUUUUACUUGGGUCAUAAUGUGAUUUCUUGUGAAAAAUAGAUGGGGGAAGACCACCCCAAUAGGUUUUGACAAUUCUCUUUGGACCCUUUAGGGAAAUGCAUAGCUGAUGAACUGUCAUUGUUUGGACCUGGGUUGGGAGGGAGUGUCUAUUGUUCUGUAUAAUCUUCCCCCCCCCAAAAGAAAAAAAAAAAAAGGUUCAACAAUUCAUGCUUGUAAAUAUUUGAAAUGAAUACUGUAUUUAUUCUAGUAUACCAUUUAUUAAAAUUCUCUUACG